CUGAGUUUUAUGGAAAACUGAUGACUUCCAUUUAGCACAAGUUGUGUUAGAAAUUUGUCAGAAAACUUGGUUGAGGAGGUUGGAGCUUUUAGAGGCAUCCUGGGCAAUGAUUUCUGAAAAGCUUAUAAUGAAACCAUGGAAGCGGAGAAGAUUUUCACAAAGUUACUGGGGAUGUACUACGACAUUAACGUGUCUUAUUCUCUUUCAAGGAAGUAAGUGUAAAGGGGGAAGAACGGAGGUCUAAGAAUUCCUAGUCCUCUUGGGCAGGAGUGUCUGGUCCCAGGGUUGCCUGCUCCAGCGAGGUCUCUGAUGCUAAGAACUGUAAAAGUGAUCAGAAAUGAGUGAACAAUCAGAAGAAAACAAUUCCACGCAAGAGAGACAUGCAGGUCAAAGCUCUCCUGAGAAAAACUGUCAAAUCGGACAGAAGCAACUGCAACAGAUAGAACGACAGUUAAAGUGCUUGGCGUUUCAAAAUCCCGGACCACAGGUAGCAGACUUUAAUCCUGAAACAAGGCAGCAGAAAAAGAAAGCACGAAUGUCAAAGAUGAAUGAGUAUUUUUCUGUAAAGUACAAAGUUAUGAAGAAGUAUGACAAAAGCGGCAGGCUCAUCUGCAACGAUGCUGACCUGUGCGAUUGCCUGGAGAAGAACUGCCUGGGCUGCUUCUACCCCUGCCCCAAGUGUAACUCCAACAAGUGUGGCCCUGAAUGCCGCUGCAACCGCCGCUGGGUCUACGAUGCCAUCGUCACUGAGUCUGGGGACGUCAUCAGCGCGCUGCCCUUCAACGUUCCUGACUAGGAGCUACCCUCGUGGGCUGAUUGGCUUCUUCUUUACAUUUAAGGCAACCUCUUUCUCUUGGGUGAAUUUUAGGGCUGGGGGAAAAUGUUUAAAAAAAUGUGCUUAAGACUCAUGUUCUGCAAAGCCAUAGCACAGUAUGGAAUGGGCCAUUCUUCCCUAACCUUCCUGCUGUGACCUCUCAAAUCCCUCUCCUUGUAACCCAAGAGAGUGCCCAUAGAUGGAUAUCGGCACCGACACCUCCAUCGCUACUUUGCUCUCAGAUUAAAAAUCCCUUUCCUCUUUGCUGGUAUCUUAGGAAAUGGAGUCUGAAGAUCUUCAGAAUUCUGUAGAUGGGAGCUUGUCUUGACAUAGAACAUAGAAUCACACGUUUAUAAUAGCUAGUUACCCUUAGAAUCUUACACAUCACUAGUUCUAAAUCAGAAUUGUUAUUUGGCUUGAAAAGAACAAAACCUUGUGACUUGGCAUGCAUACCCACAGUCUCAUUUUUUAAUUGUUGAUAUUUUAAUAAUAUUAAAAUGAAAUGUAAUA